CUCCGCAGAACUGGAUGUCAAACAAAGCAAAGUGGAAAAUUAGACAAAAAAAAAAAUCGCCCAUCAAAAAACUUUUUUUUGCAAAAAAAACGAAAAAUUUUGGGCGUAGAAAAAGAACAUUUAAUUCAAUCCAAACAACAAUUUUAACUUUUUCUACUUAGUUAAAAGAAUAUUAAAUUAACGAAAAAAAAUGUUGGCUCUAAUUAAUAGAAUAUUGGAUUGGUUUAAAAGUAUUUUUUGGAAAGAAGAAAUGGAACUCACACUCGUGGGAUUACAGUUUUCGGGAAAGACAACUUUUGUUAAUGUUAUUGCUUCUGGCCAAUUUGCCGAAGAUAUGAUACCGACAGUAGGUUUCAAUAUGCGCAAAAUUACCAAAGGCAAUGUCACCAUAAAAGUUUGGGACAUCGGUGGCCAACCAAGGUUUAGAUCAAUGUGGGAAAGAUAUUGCCGUGGAGUUAAUGCAAUUGUAUAUAUGGUGGAUGCUGCUGAUCUUGAUAAAAUGGAAGCAUCAAGGAAUGAACUGCACUCAUUGUUGGAUAAGCCACAGCUAGCAGGGAUUCCAGUUCUUGUUUUGGGUAAUAAACGAGAUCUUCCUGGUGCUUUAGACGAGACUGGUCUCAUAGAACGAAUGAAUCUUUCCAGCAUACAAGACAGAGAGAUAUGCUGCUACAGUAUUUCGUGUAAGGAAAAAGAUAACAUUGACAUCACACUUCAAUGGCUGAUCGCUCAUUCCAAGAGCCAAAGUCGUUAAAGGCACAUAUUUAUUUAUUAAUUAUAUGAUUAUAUGUAUAAAAUAAAAUAUAUUAUAUGACACAUUUUCCGUCACUAUUAACUAUCAAAAAUUUAUUAAAUUUAGUUUCACGUCUUUUUUGUUUAAA